AUGCUAUAUCAGACAACAAAUUCAGAUCCUGAUUUGAAUUUUUUGAAUAAUAUUGACAUUGAUAUCUAUAGCAAAACAAUAGAAAUAUAUAAAGAUACCAUAUAUAAUAUCAAAGAAUAUAAGACAAGUAGUAUAUCCUAUGGGUAUGAAGUCGAAGGUGAAUAUGAUGACAUGCAAUAUAAUAAAGAUAUAGAUGAGAUUAAUGUACAAGACUUAUCAAAAAUCAAUAACAUGUUCAAUAAAGCAGGAUGUGGUAUAACAAAUGAUGAAGCUCACCUUAUUGGGAUAACUAUAGACCAAAUGUCACAACUAGGAAAAUUUAAAAAUAUUAGGUAUUGGGGUAAAAUAAUAGGCUUAAAACGUAACUAUUACAUCCUAGAGUGUGAUUGGAAAAAUAAAGAAUUGGAAUAUAAACUAAGGCUUUUAAAUGAAAUAUUUAACGCUAACAAAAAAGAAGUAUCACAUGAUUAUGAAAAUGAAAAUGAAAAUCAAGAAGAUGUAGACUUAGAAAAAUAUAUACUAUCUGAAGAAGAAAAUCUAUUUUUUUCCAAAACAACAUUGUCCGUUCCAAUCAGUAAAGAUAUCAACGAUGAGUCAGAGUCUUUCGAUUCUCUGAAAUCGGUAGAAUGUUUCUUUCCAUCCACAGAAUUCGAUAAUGAUGAUUUAUCCCAUGAAAUAUUUGGUUUCGGAGCUAACAAAAAGUCGUACUUUGUAACGAACCAAUUGAACGAUUCAUGGAUUGAGUUGCCACUUAUCAAGCCUCAUCAUAUCAUUCAAUCACGAAAUAUCAAACGAUAUUUUACAGGAGAUUUGGAGACACCUGUAAAAAUACAAUAA